AUACUCCCCAUUGAUUGAUUCAUCAGACCAGACAACUGAGCCAACUCACUAGACAAAUACCCCUCCUUUGUCCAAUGCUCACAAGAGAGAUGCCUCAAGGCCUCUCUUUCUUCUUCUCUCCUUCUUCUCUGUUCUAUAAUGGAAACAAAGAUCUGAACAAGUUUGUUUUUUUUUAGUGGAACAGAAUGGCUUUAAAUCAUCAAGACGCUCUCGAUGCUCUUUAUUGUUCAGAAGAGAAUUGGGAGGAUGGAGAAGAAAGUUGUUUCGGUAAUGGGGUUGUUAAUGAAUCUAACCCUUUUCCAGUUUUGUUAGAACAAGACAUGUUCUGGGAAGACGAUGAACGUUCCUCUUUGUUUUCGAAAGAAGAGCAGAAUCAGUUGUUUGAUAGCGUUCAAGCCGAUGAGAAUCUAGCCAAGGCACGUCGGGAAGCUGUGGAAUGGGUGUUGAAAGUCAAUGCUCACUUUUCUUUCUCUGCUCUCACCGCAGUUCUCGCCGUCAAUUAUCUCGAUAGAUUCUUGUUUAGCUUCCGGUUCCAAAGCGAGAAGCCAUGGACGACUCAACUUGCAGCCGUUGCUUGUCUUUCUCUUGCGGCCAAAGUGGAGGAAACCCAAGUUCCUCUCCUACUGGAUUUACAAGUGGAGGAGGCCAGGUAUGUGUUCGAGGCCAAAACUAUCCAAAGAAUGGAAAUUUUGGUACUCUCAUCCCUUCAAUGGAAGAUGAACCCUGUAACCCCACUUUCGUUUCUCGAUUUCAUCGCAAGGAGGCUUGGAUUAAAGGACCAUCUUUGCUGGGAAUUUCUCAGGAGAUGCAACCGGAUUCUGCUCUCUGUCAUUUCAGAUUCUAGGUUUAUGUGCUACCUUCCUUCUGUAAUGGCUACUGCUACAAUGCUGCACGUUGUGGAUAGUGUGGAGCCUAGUCUUAGAGUAGAAUACGAAAACCAACUAUUAGGCAUCCUGGGAAUUGAUAAGCAGGACAGGGUAAAUGAAUGCUGUGAGCUGAUAAUGGAAUCGGCAACAACGAGAGUCGAAGGCAACCGAUCAAAGAAGCGUGGGUUUAGAUCCAUCCCGGGAAGCCCGAAUGGCGUGAUCGAUGUGUUGUUUAGUUCGGAUAGCUCGAACGAUUCGUGGGCAGUGGCAUCAUCGUCAUCAUCAUCACCUGAGCCUAUGUCCAAGAAGAGCAGAACUCAGCAAGACCAGAUUAUUGAAAUGCUAAGCAUUCCUCACUGAAUUUCCCUGGAUCAAUUUGAGACUAUAAAUAUGUACUAAUAAUGCUCUUCUUUUUCUGCAAGUUAAAUUGCUUACCAUCUCUGCAUUUUCCGACCAAAACUCCCACAUCGAGAGAGGCGUCUCUCUCUGUGUAGUGACUGGUGAGGAAAUCAGGAAUCAGAGAUGGAUUGCAUUUUAUCCGGAAGGAAUCAAGUGGAAAGAAACAAAUAUGAAAUUGCAACUGUCCAUGCAUUUAUGCUUUAGACAUUUUUGUUUCUAUG